AUGAAGCUCCUCCCGCGGCUCUGCAUGGCCACCGGCACCGCCGCCGCGGGGGACAGCGACGGGAGCAGCAAUAAACUCGGUUCCACGGCGUCCUCCUCCUCCUCCACGGUCUCCACGUCCUCGUCCGCCGCCGCCGCCGCGGUGUCUGAGGCGUCCUCGUCCACGUCCCUCCCUUCGCUCUCCGCUGCUCCGUCGAAUGCCGCAGGCUGCCUCGCCGCCUCCUUCACCCACCUCACCACGCUCCUUCCUCUGCCCACAGCCACCACCGCACCGUCGGCCGCAGCGGCCAUCGCGCCGGCGACGGACUCCUUCCACGGUUUCAUCAUCGCCAGGCCGGCGUCGGUAGCCCUCCACGACAUCUUCACCCUGGAGGCGGCGUCCGCCUCCGACUCGUCGGCGGACGACACCACGACUGCCGGCUCGGUGAAAUGCGUGGCGCACAUCCACGGCGGCAAGGCCGUGACGGGCCACCAGGACGGAACUCUCCGGCUGUGGCGCCACUCCACGCGCGCGCCGGCCCGGAUCCGCCUGGCCGCCGCGCUGCCCACCGUCACCGACCGCCUGCGCCGCUUCCCGGUCCCGUCCAACCACGUCCCCAUCCGCCGCCACCACCGCCGGCUCUGGAUCGAGCACGCCGACGCGGUGUCCGGCGUCGCCGCGUCCGCCGACGGCCGCCUCCUCUUCUCCGUCUCCUGGGACAGGACGCUCAAGGUCUGGGCCGUCCCGUCGCUCCGCUGCCUACAAUCCCUCCCGGCGCACGACGACGCCGUCAACGCCGUCGCCGUCGCGCCCGACGGCACGGCGUACACCGGCUCCGCCGACCGGCGCGUCCGCGUCUGGGCGCCCAGGCCCGCGUCCGAACACAAAACCAAGAAGCCCGUCUACCACCUCGUCGCCACCCUCUCCCGCCACACGGCGGCGGUCAACGCCGUGGCCGUCGCCUGCGGGGGGCAGAUGCUCUACUCGGCCGGCAACGACCGCUGCGUCGUGGUGUGGGAGCGGGAGGACAGCGCCAGCCACAUGGUCGCGAUCGGGGCGCUCAGGGGCCACCGCAAGGCGGUCCUCUCCGUCGCCUGCGCGGGGAACGACGGCCUGGUCGUCAGCGGGUCGGCGGACCACACGGUCCGGGCCUGGCGGCGCGACGCGGACGGCCGGGGGCACGCGUGCGUCGCCGUCAUCGACGGCCACGCCAGCGCAGUCCGCUCCGUCGCGGUGGCUCUCGUUCCGGGCCAGAAACGGCGGCAGGGAGGCGACGGCGUUGACGGCGACGAGGAGUGGAGGGUGUGCAGCGCCAGUUUUGACGGCGAGGUGCGGCUCUGGUCGUUGCGGCUGACGACGGGCUCGUAGUAGGUUGGAUUCGCUACGAUUUUUUGACGUAUGUGCAUUUCCUAUUUUUGAUUGAUGAUUUUAACACCUGAGACUUGAGAUAGAGAUACGUACGUCACUUUAAAGUACGUUCGUGUAUAUACAUGGAAGGCUACUCUUCUACCUGUA